AGUCACGUGAUGGAAGAAAACAUGGCUUCUUGAAUCGAGAUUUGUCAACGUUUUGGUAAAAGUAGAAAUCCUACCUACUAACACUGAAUGUGAUUAACAAUCUUGUAAGUUACAAAUCAUCCAGUUCAUUUAAUUUAUCGUUAUACAUAUCUAGCUAAAAGUAACAGUUCUACUUUCGGUUUUUCGCAAUUCUCAGGAAGAUGGGUGAGCAGACGUCCUCGACACCAGUCGUACGGAUAGCUAACAGUAGCUAGCUAAGCUGACUAACAUAUGUAUGUAGACUGUAUCAAGCACCACAUUCAACCCAGCAACAUGCCUCCUCGGAAAAAGCGAGAGAACAGAGACACAGAUGAUGGUCCCAGGAAACGACGACGAGCAGUUGAUCAGGAAGAGGACAGAGUCGUCAUCUCAAACAGCGACGAGGUAACGUUAACCAGCUGAACUGACUAACGCGUUAGCUAGCUAGCUAGUUGGUUACACACUGGCUAGCUAGCUACACGGAUGCAGAACAUAACUACUAGUUAUCUAUCUGUGUAAAGUGACCUAUCAUUAAAUGUUAACUAUAAAAUAAUGACUAUAAUAUACAUUAACUGUCGGCCUAGCAGUCUUUCUGCUUCAGACCACUUAUGUCUCUUUAAGAAAGGCACCCAGGCUAUAAGUUUGUCAGAAAAGAAUCUGUCAUUGACAACUCAUCUCUUCUAACCCAGGAUGAAGACUUCAGACCAACAUCAUCAUUAGAGGAGCGCAAACGGGAGAAGGAGAGUAAAACACGAUCAAACGGUAUACUGUCUAACAUAUGUCUUAAUAUUUGUAACAUAGCUAAUUAGACUUAUAAUUUUCAUGUAAUAUAUUAGCCCAAUAAUGGACUAAAGGAGCCUGACGUUAACGUUAGUCCUUAUAGUCCAAGCACCUUACAUGUUCUGUUUUUAAAGGCGAAUUGGCUCUGGAAGCCAAAACAGCCAAAUACUCCCAUCAAAACGUGAGUCGAUUCUCAAUUGUGGUAUGGUUCUAGAAACAUAAAUCUCUCUACUUUCAUAUCACAUCAAAAUAAUUUCACAAAUGCAAAAUACACACUUACUGUACACUGUUUUAACCGGUUUUAACACAAUUGCAGCCGACAGUAUUUUUCAGUGACAACACGUUUCUGGCGCUGGUCUUCCGUUUACACACAGGUGUUAGAUGCAGGUAGCUAAUUAGCACAGGUAGUCUACUCUUGUCUACUGUCUGUUUUCCGUAAACACGCUGUAACAUGGAGAUAUGGCCAUGUGUGUAUCAAUUUAACCUUUGUUUUUAAAAAAUGAUUUAUUGCUGAUAUGAAAGAUAAGCUCGUUAUGCUUCCACAUUUUACAUUUACAUUUUAGUCAUUUAGCAGACGCUCUUAUCCAGAGUGACUUACAGGAGCAAUUAGGGUUACAUGCCUUGCUCAAGGGCACAUCGGCAGAUUUUUCACCUAAUCGGCUAAGGGAUUUGAACCACCAACCUUUUGGUUACUGACCCAACGCUCUUAACCGCUAGGCUACCUGCCGCCUAAAACCGUAAGGCAAGUGAUGCGUGUUAAUGUUCAGACCGAGCGCCGGGGCUUUUAACAAAACUCCCCCAUAUAGAAUGUAAUGGAACUGAGUCAUGAUCAAAGGCCAGUAGCACAUCACCAGAAUGUAACCACUGAAGCACUGCUAGAUGGAGCUUUGUCAUCUACUGUACUGAAGCUGUCCCCUCUCUUCUCAGAGAUGACUGAGGAAGAGAUGUUGGACCUGGCCAUGAGGCUGAGUGAACAGGAGGCCAACAACACUGCUCUCAGGCAACGACAGGAGGAGGAGGCCAUGAGGAAGGCCAUCGCUGAAAGCCUCUACGUAAGUGUAGAGAAUACUGACAGAAAUAAAAGGUUGCUUGGACAUUUACUCUAGUACAGUCCUCUCCAUUAUUUCAGAUAAAAUCACCCAUUCUUUCCCCAUUGUAUCUAUUCCUGUGAUACGUGAGUGUUGUUCUAUCCCUUCAGGCGGACAGCCCCACUCAUCCCCACUCAGAAUCUCUGCUGGCGGAUGGGAGCCCUACGCAGCAAUGUCAGAGUUCCCCUCCGGAGGCAGAGAGCAGCAUACCUCCCCCCAGGCGGAAGCUCUCUUACCCCAACCUUGGUGUGGCUGACAGGGAGGGAGCCCACGGUGUAGGUGUUAGUGUAGGGGUGGCUCUCCCAGAAACCAGGAGGAGGGGGAAAAAGGAGGGAAGCCCAUUACUAGAUAUGCCUGACCUGUCUCAGACCCAGAAGUUCUACUCCCAGUCUUCUCCCCUUAGCCAAUCUUCCACCUCCAUGCCUCUCUCUUCACAGGUCAGUGGUGCCUCAUUAUUUGUCUGUCAUGGCAAUCAUGUAGUUCUGUCUUGCUUCUAUGGGCCCAGAUCUAACUUCUAUAAGUCUGAUCGAUACUUUAACCUGAAGACUUGUGUGAAUAAGCAUUAAUGGAGGUCUAGAAGAAUCAACUACUUACUUAUAUCUUAAUGCCACAUCUUUCAAUCAUCAUUAGUCCAGAAUGCAUGCCAAAUCAAUUUAGUUCUUGUAAUGUUUUUUUGAUCACAUUUUCUAUGCCAUUUUAAGGAGGAGGGGUCUUCUCUAAAGAACCCUUUCGGAGACCUUUCAGCCCAUGUCGAAUCUCAGGACCGCAACGCCACAGAGAAUGACUCCCAGUCCCAACUCAGGAAAAAGUCUACAGUUCCCUCAGCCAGCAAACUCAUCCUGUGCCUGCAUAAGCUCAGCCAGGACCUCCUAGUAGACUGUCAGGCCUCUGGGUUCCUACUACGUUCUCAAGAGGGUCCUCCCAGUUUAACUCUUUCCACAAAGUCCCAGAUGUCUCAGUCUUCUCAGCCAAAGAGCCCUACAUUCUCCAAAAGCCCUGUGUUCUCCAGGACAGAGAGAGGUGCAGGCGAGGAACCAGGCCAAGGGAGUCCCCCUAUGUUCUCUGAGACUGAUUCAGGAAAGGAAGAAAAAGAGGCUAGUCCAACUUUUCCUAAAAGCACCAUGUUCUCCAGUAGUGAUACAGGAGAAGAAGAGAAAGUGGCAAGUCCCACCUUUCCCAGAAGCCCAGUCUUCCCCAGAACUGAUAAGAUAAGGGACCAGGGUCCACAGAGCUGUAUUGAAAGUGUCUCUACAACAGAAGACUAUGAGGAUAGAGACAGAGAGGAUGUGAAGAGCAGCGAUUCCUCAAAGUGCCUUCCACCACACCUCAGAACAACCCUGUCCCUGAACAAGAGACUCAUGCCUAUAAGGAAGACAGUUGGAGUUGCAGACAAAGUUGUUGACCAAGAGGAACGUGAGGGUGAGUCCUCGCAGAGCGCUGUAAACAGGAUUAGCACGCCUGCAAUGUUUGGUACGUUUUUCUAUUGUUUUAACCACUGUCAUAUAUACAGAAUUAUGUUACACCCAUUGAGUUUUAUUGAGAGCAAGUAAUAGCGGUAUGGCAGGUUCAUAUGGCCUCUGCCUGCCCUUUGGCUUUCUAUGUUCUGAUCCUAUGUAUGUAUUGACAUGAUUGUUCUCUUCUUUAGCUGCAGAAGAAGACCUUAAUUCAGAGGAACUUGCGUUGGCUUUGGAGACUCAGCCAAUGCAGGAGUUAACCAGUAAUAUGGCGCUACGCUGGUCAGAUGAUGACGAAGAGGAAGACGGUCCUGCAAAGGUGAUGCCAGGGAACUGCAACAGAUUGUCCAUUACCAAUACAGUUAUUUCGCUUUUGACCUCACCUGAAACCUAAUUUACAGUGUAUUGUGGAAACCUCUCUCUCUCUUGCAGUCGGCUCACUCGUCUAGCACAGUCUUCCCACAAGAGAAUGACCUCCCACAACCAAGCAACCAGGGUCGCUCCACAAACACCCACUACCACCGUUCCCCUCCACACAUACACAGCCCCUGCCUCGUCCCCAAGAAACGUACUCACACCUCCGAAGACUCCGUGUGUGAGGAGGGAGAUAGCCAGUCCAAGCGCAUCCGGAAGAAGUUCACCUUCAAGGCCAUGUAUGGAGCUCCCUCCCCCUUUCUCCCCAGACAGGCUGCAGGUAGAGGGAGCCAGGAUGAGGCACAAGCCGGAAACCCCUCUUCCCACCAGCCCCAGGCCUCUUCCAGCCGCCUCUCUCCCCCCACAGGCUGCCAGGGGGAUGGGGGAGGAGUGGUGUGCUACUAUUGGGGCGUGCCUUUCUGUCCGCGAGGUCAGGACCCAGAUGCCUACACGCAGGUGAUCCUUCUUUAUUCUUCUCUGAUGUAGUCUUCAUUUAUUAUUCUCUCACACAGACUUUCUCUGGAUUAUGAGUCAUUGCGGGUAACUGACAUCUGGGAACACAAAAAGGGGGCAUACAGUGCAUUCGGAAAGUAUUCAGACCCCUUGACUUUUUCCACAUUUUGUUACGUUACAACCUUAUUCUAAAAUGGAUUAAGUUGUUUUUUCCCCUCAUCAAUCUACACACAAUACCCCAUGAUGACAAAGCAAAAACAGGUUUUUAGAUAUUUUUGCAAAUUUACUCAGUACUUUGUUGAAGCACCUUUGGCAGCGAUUACAGCCUUGAGUCUUCUUGGGUAUGACGCUACAAGCUUGGCACAUCUGUAUUUGGGGAGUUUCUCUGAUCCUCUCAAGCUCUGUCAGGUUGGAUGGGGAUCGUCGCUGCACAGCGAUUUUAUAGGUCUCUCCAGAGAUGUUAGAUCGGGUUCAAGACCGGGCUCUGGCUGGGCCACUCAAGCACAUUCAGAGACUUGUCCCGAAGCCACUCCUGCGUUGUCUUGGCUGUGUGCGUAGGGCCGUUGUCCUGUUGGAAGGUGAUCCUUCGCCCCAGUCUGAGGUCCUGAGCGUCUGGAACAGAUUUCCAUCAAGGAUCUCUCUGUACUUUGCUUCGUUCAUCUUUCCCUCAAUCCUGAAGUCUCCCAGUCCCUGCGGCUGAAGCUCUGUCAGAGUGACCAUCGGGUUCUUGUUCACCUCCCUGACCAAGGCCCUUCUCCCCCGAUUGCUCAGUUUGGCCGGGCGGCCAGCUCUAGGAAGAGUCUUGGUGGUUCCAAACCUCUUCCAUUUAAGAAUGAUGGAGGCCACUGUGUUCUUGGGGACCUUCAAUGCUGCAGAAAGUUUUUGGUACCCUUCCCUAGAUCAGUGCCUCAACACAAUCCUGCCUCGGAGCUCUACGUACAAUUCCUUCGACUUCAUGGCUUGAAUUUUGCUCUGAUAUGCACUGUCAACUGGGGGACCUUAUAUAGACAGGUGUGUGCCUUUCCAAAUCAUGUCCAAUCAAUUGAAUUUACCACAGGUGGACUCCAAUCAAGUUGUAGAAACAUCUCAAGGAUGAUCAAUGGAAACAGGAUGCACCUGAGCUGAAUUUUGAGUCUCAUAGCAAAGGGUCUGAAUGCUUAUGUAAAGCUAUUUCUCUUUUAGUUUUUCUGAUAUAAAUGUAGUAACAUUUCUAAAAACCUGUUUUUGCUUUGUCAUUAUGGGGUAUUGUGUGGAGAUUGAGGAAAAUAUUUUAUUCAUUUUAGAAUAAGGCUGUAACGUAACAAAAUGUAGAAAAAGUCAAGGGGUCUGAGUACUUUCCGAAUGCACUGUAUAAAUACUGUGUGCUACUGUAUUGUAGGCACUCCAUCCAUCUAUCUAUCCAUCCAUCAUUUUGUAAUAUUUCAUUGAUCUGAUGUCAGAUGUCAUGACUUCUAACUGUGAGUAUGUAACUGAUAUAAAUUACCAGAUUUUUCCUUACAGGUGAUCAUGUCCCAGCUGGAGGUGUAUGAGAAGAGCCUGAAAGAGGCCCAGAGGGGUCUGCUGAGGAAGGCAGGCUGGGGGGAGCCUGUCCUUCCCGGGCCCCCAGAGAGACCCUUCUCCAGGAGGGGACGCCCCAAGAGACACAGGGCCCCACGACCCCUGGAGGAAGAAGAAGAGGAGGAAGAAGAGCAGGGAAGGGGAAAACAGCAGGAAGAGGUAGUGGCGGUGGUAGAGGAUGAUGAAGAGGAGGGAAGGGGAAAACAGCAGGAAGAGGUAGUGGCGGUGGUAGAGGAUGAUGAAGAGGAGGGAAGGGGAAAACAGCAGGAAGAGGUAGUGGCGGUGGUAGAGAAUUAUGAAGAGGAGGGUGAGAAAAGGGAGAGGAGGCUGUCACGGUGGGGGACGGAAGAGGGAGGGAGGAGAGGAAGACUGGAGUGGAAGGACUGUCAGGCACUGUUUGUGUCCACUCCCGAACAAGAGGAAGUGAGUAUUGCUUAACUUUUGGCAAUACUUAUAGGCAGCUUGGAGCAAUACAUCUAAGUAUUUCCAAAGGCUGUGUUAACAAUACAAAUAUUAUUUAAUUAAAAGCAUGAAUCAUAUCAAAGGCUCUAAUGAUGCUAUAGUAGUUACUGAAAGUUCCUUGUCACACUAUAUAAUCACCAGAUAGUGCUAUCAACUAUUUACAAUACAAAUGUGUUAUUAUAAUACAGGCUAAAAACAGUGCCUCUCUUUUUGGGAUAGACACAGUUUAUUAUGUGGAAAGGUCAAUCCACUUGAUGCUUUCCCCCAGAAAAGUAUCUCUCUUUGUUUUGUCUUCCCAUAGAAAUCGCCCUCACCUGUAUUUCAUGUAGAAUCCAGUCAACAACUAAUUCUACCUCGAAGGUAAGAAAGGGAGGCCUAAACUGCUACAUUAUACAGUAUGGACCUAGCUUGUCUUUAAUCUCAGUGAUACAAGUGCUUUAAUUCUGCACAAGAAUGAAAACAUGUAUUAGAAAAAUAAUUGAUUUCUAAUUUCCAGGAGACUUGGCCUUAGAAGAGAAGAGAGAAGACCAUCACAACUGCCUGACCCACUGGAGAGGGAAAAGGAAGAGAAUGAGAAGAGGGAUGAAGAAGAGGAAGAAGGGAUGGGGGAGGAAGUGGUGGAUGUCGGUGGCUUAGAAGUUCCAGGUAUAAGAAAUUACGGUAACAAUUUACUUGACACCCAGCGUCAUAACAUGUUUUGACACAGUCAUAACCAUGUCAUAACAGCAGACAUAACUUGUCAUAACCUGUUAUAAUAUGGUCAUGACGCAUAUUUAGACCUGUUAUACAUAUAUUGUGUUAUUUAUGGCUGGUUAUGACACCUACAUAAGUGUCAACCUACCACACAAGGCAAGACAUUCCAUUACACCAUAGCCUAUGUGUUAUAUUUUUUAAUGUUUAUUGACCAUAUUAAAUUAUCAUUGUAAUUGCGCACACAUUGAUAUCAGACAUCCACCUACCCCAAUGCUCUGUUGCUGAUGACUGGGAUGAAUGCAGGACAAGACACCCUCUUUUUGACUGAUGACUGAAAUAAGGGCAUGUACAUGAUAGGCCUAUCUGGCUUAUAUGAUUAUGAUGGUCAUAAGUCUAUUUUCUUAGUCCAAGUAAAGUGACACAUGAUGGUCAUAAUGCUUCAUGACAGUGUCAUAAAGUGUAUUUUCUAAAAGUGAUUUAAAAUAUGAUAAAAAAAACAUCUGUAAAGAACAACAAAGGAUUUGAGAAAUAAACUUUCAAACGAAAGGAAACUUCUUGGCAGGGAAAAAACGAAUUUGAAUAAAUGUGGGUUGACACUUACGUAGGUGCCAUAAAAUAAUGCAAUGUAUGUCAGAACAGGUGUAAAUAUAUGGGUCAUGACAGUGUUAUAAGUUGUCAGCUGUUAUGACAUAUUAUGACUGACUGGGUGUGAAGUAAAGUGUUACUGAAAUUACAAUUGAUCUCACAGAUUGUAAAUGACUGUCAUUAAAGGUGCAAUAUGCAGAAAUCGCUCCACCAUUUCCAGGUUGCAAAUAUUCUAAUCAUUCACCUAAUUUCACUUUGUGACAAAACCAUCAAUGUAUAGUGUAGAGAAUCAUUGUACCAUCUAAACUGCUGUAAAAUAUAUUUUCAGUAACCAAAGAUAAUGUAUUUUCAACUGUUUUGAAGCUGGUGUACAAAACCAAAGUAAAAGACUCAAAAUGAAACUUAAGAACGGGAAGCAUAGAAAUAACGCACAUAGAACAGUUCUACUGUUUACACUUGCUUUCAAUGAGAAUUACAGGUCUAUAACACACAUUCCUAUGUGAAUUUGGUCAGGUUGCCCCAAAAAGUUUAGUAUUGCAGCUUUAAUGUAUUAUUUCAUUGCAAUAUAAUUAUUUCAUAAACCAGUCGAUGUACACUGAGCUUUUUCCAUGACAGACUGACCAGGUGAAUCCAGGUGAAAGCUAUCAUCCCUUAUUGAUGUCACUUGUUAAAUCCACUUCAAUCAGUGUUGAUGAAGGGGACGAGACAGGUUAAAGAAGGAUUUUUAAGCUUUGAGACAUGGAAUGUGUAUGUGUGCCAUUCAGAGGAUGAAUGGGCAAGACAAAAUAUUUAAGUGACUUUGAACAGGGUAUGGUAGUAGGUGCCAGGUGCACCGGUUUUAGUGUGUCAAGAACUGCAACGCUGUUGGGUUUUUCACGCUCAACAGUUUCCUGUGUGAAUCAGGAAUGGUCCACCACCCAAAGGACAUCCGGCCAGCAUCCCUGUGGAACGCUUUCGACACCUUGUAGAGUCCAUACCCCGACGAAUUGAGGCUGUUCUUAGGGCAAAAGGGGGUGCAACUCAAUAUUAGGAAGGUGUGCCUAAUGUUUGGUAUACUCUCUGUAUAUGGUUCCAUUUAGGACAAAAUGUUGUGAGCUUCACUUCAUAAUAUGUAGCUUUAAUUGGCAUGCCUCUAUUUUUCCUUGUUGAUUCUGAUGGCAGAGACCCAACUCAGUGAUGACGGCACCCAAAACCUGAUGGUCACCAGCCCUGCACAGGUCAGUAACUUCUGAACUACAAAUGACACACCUAAACAGAGCAUUCUGAUUACAGUUCUGAAUGAUUCUCCUUCUUUCAUCCUACACCUAGAAAUAUUGGGUGUGUGCAUAGAAUUGUGAGGUUAUGGUUGUGUUGAUGUCUAUGGUUCGAUUUGGUUACCCUUAGCCCCAACCAGAGAGGCAGUCCCUGCCUCAGAUCCAGACUUUUCUCUCACCACCCCAUCGUCUGGAACGGCGUGUAGAGGGGAUGGAGGUGGAUGAGGAGAGGAGGAGUGGCCCUGUUAGGAGCCCUGCUGGAGGAGAUGUGAGGAUGGAAAUGGAGGAGACAGGAGAGGUACAGGGUGGGGUCCCAGAACCUGCACCCCCUCAGAGCCCCAGCAUGGACUGUCCCAUGUGCAUGCGCCCCUUCCCCCUGACGGAGAUUGAGAUGCAUGCUGCCUACUGUGACGGUAGUACCGCUAACAUGGAGGAAGAGGAGAUGAUGGGUCAGGAGAGUCAAUCACAAGGUGAGAACAUGCAGCAAGACACACAUACAACACACUUGUUUAUUCAGUUCAAUCUAAAGUAAUCUCUGCUUAUGCAAGGACAUUGACAAACGUACAAUGCAAGUCAAGGAUGUGUAGUCAAAUAUCAUAUUUGACCCCAGGAUGUAAAACAAUCCCUUAAUAUGUAGUUGCAGUGAAGUCUCAUAGGAAGAGGACCAGAAGGGGAGAGAUAAUUGUAGAGGAGCAGCCCAGUUCUUCUGGCUCUGGCAAGUAAGUAGGUAUGAGCGGAUUUACCUUGGUCUAACAGCUAGUCUCCUAUACCUAGUUUACAUUCACAGGGAACGUCACUUUAGGCUAAAGGAUUUUGACAUCCCAACUGUAGAGUAACCUGAUCAUACCUUUUAACCUCUCUUCUGAGCAGGGCAGUGCAAGGAGAGAAGUGCUUCCUGUGUCAGCAGCUGUUUAAUCUCAGGGACUACGAGAAGCAUGUGGAGGACUGCAUCAGGAACCAAGAAGUGUCCAAGGCUGCAUCCAGGGCCGGACAGGUACUCUUAGUUAGCACUAAUGCACAGCAUUACACACUGUAUGUAGUUGUUAUCAAAAACCAAGCUAGCUGUUGUAGACCAUUGGCAGUUCAUUGCAGACAGUGUGGUUUCCCUAGCUGUCAUGUAGCACUCUCACCAUGGGUCUUCUGAUCUUUCUUCCAUCUGUGUGAUGGAUGAUCUUCCAGAGUGGAGACUUGCUGAGCGCUUUGGACCAGACCGAGCACAGAGAUUCAGGUACACACACACUCUCAAACUGUGAUGUUCUUGUUUUACAUGUUCAAAAUGCCUCUUUCCACCUUGUUUGAAUGGGAGAAAAAGAGAGCCAAUGUUUUCACUCUACUUGGUCACCUUCUAGGGACUGCUAAGGCCGGACCAUGUGAUAUUGCCUUCAGGAACCAACACAGGUAAGCAAAACAACAGGAAAUGCACAUUUGGAAACUACAUUUGACUAAUGCUACUGUAGCACCCACCCCUGGUGACAGGCUGUACCAUGUCUGUGAUAGGGAGGGGACUCUGAUAAGCAGACCCUGGUUGGGCAUGUCUGUCUGUCAAGGAUACACCCUGAUGAAUAGCUCUCUAAAACAUAAUAUCAAGUCCAUUAUAUGCUUAUGCAUAUUUGUCCAUUGUUGACUAAGACUGUUAGUGUACCCCUAUUUAAGUAGUUAUUUGUUUGAAAUAGUGUAUUUACUUCUGGUUUAAUAGUUUAUGAAUGCAUAUUAACAUAUUUUGUGAAUAUGAGAUGGUAAGCAGACCGCAAAGUUUAGUGCUUGCCUGAUUGUUUGGUGACUCGACCAGUGUCACUAACAAUAUCAGUGUACUACCUCUAGCUCACACCUGGAUCAUGUUCAGUAGGCACAAAAUGGACUGAAAGAGGGAGGGACUACCUGGAAAUAUCCAAUAAACACUUGUUUUCCUUUUUCAUUGCAUAAAGUUUUACUACGGGGUGCUCUGAUGAUCAUGACCCUGCCAUUUAUAACCGUGUGAAUGUUGCUUUCAGUGGCCUGAUUGAGGAUCUGGGAGAGUCUGGGGGAAGUGGAGACAUCGCUGUCCCAGGUUUCAGAGUGAGCACCUCGCCCAUCCGAUCCUUCACCUCCAUCUCAGAAGCCACAGACUGCCUUAUUGACUUCAAGCGCCAGUACUCUUCCUCUACUUCCUCCUCUUCCUCCUCCAGGCCCAGACAAAGAGGGAGGAAAUUCAAGAGGAAAUUCAAAUGAUAGUUUACUAAAAAAAUUGAAAAUACUGUUAACUGCUUUUUUUAUACCGCUGCAUAUCUUUUCUUUGUAUUGUUUGUUACACUGAAUCGAAUGAUACAAAUUUGUGUUAAUAUGGGAUUAAAUAAUACU